AUGUCAAAUGACGAAAAGAGAUAUGAUGGAUCUGAGAAGGACAUUAAAUUCGUGAAACAGUGCAGCGAUAUUGAUCCAUAUGAUGACGAUCCAGACACUUUCAGAGCUGAAUUAUCCUGUGGACAUGUCUCUGGUCCUCAGACACUGACAGACUACUGUAGAAUACAGAUGGCUGAUGGUAAAGCUGAGUUGAGAUGUCCUUUGUGUAAUGAUCUUUGGUCUUACACUGAAGUCCGUAAAUUAGCCAAACUCACACCUGAAGAACAACAGUACUUUGAGGAAAGACUUGCCAACAAUGCUACUAGAAAGACAAUAGACAUCAAGAAUUGUCCUGGUUGUGACUGGAUCAUCGAGAGAUCAGACCCGUCUAAUCUCAGUGUGCAAUGCACCAUUUGCUCUGCAAAGAAUGGACGAACCUUUGAGUUCUGCUGGCAGUGUUUGAGAGAGUGGAAAGGUCAGCGUCCUCGCUCUGACAGAUGUGAUAAUGAAGGCUGCAGCAACAAAGACCUGGAUUUGCUGAGAGAUUGUGAAACUAUCACUUUAAAAGAUGCUGGAAAAAUUCAAUGUCCAGCUGUUCGUGCUUGUCCAACAUGUGGUUUGCUGCUUAACCAUAACACAGAGAAAUGUAAAAACAUUAUGUGCUCCCGCUGUAAUAAGGAGUUUUGUUUUGUCUGUCUAAAGCUCACAUCUGACUGUCUGAAGAUGAGUGAUUACUUUAUUCCCUGUUCAGGUGGUGUGGCUCCACGACAGACUUCAAUUCCAUUUUGGAAUGAUACACAAUAA